UUUUUUUUUUUUUUUUGGUAAAGAGACUGGGAAAGGUCCUGAGAACCGCCAAUGAGCGGGCGCUAGGCGGGGCUGAGCUCCGAUGCAGAGGAAGCGGGAAAUUCUUUAGACUGGUCUUGAGUGGGCUGAUCUGAGGCUUCAUGGAGGGGCCGAAUGUAGAAACUGCUAAAGCCAUCAGGCCUAUAGAUCAUAAAUCUAUUCAUCAGAUCUGUUCAGGACAAGUGGUGCUGAGUCUAGGCACUGCUGUUAAGGAACUAUUAGAAAAUAGCGUGGAUGCUGGAGCUACUAGUAUUGACUUAAAGCUUAAGGAGUAUGGAGCUGAUCUCAUUGAAGUUUCAGACAACGGUCUUGGAGUAGAAAAAGAAAACUUUGAAGGCUUGACUCUGAAACAUUAUACUUCCAAGAUUCAAGAUUUUUCUGAUUUAACACAUGUUGAAACAUUUGGCUUUCGAGGAGAGGCUCUGAGCUCACUUUGUGCUUUGAGUGAUGUAAUGAUUUCAACUUGUCAUAAAUCAGCCACAAUUGGAACAAGAUUGGUUUUUGAUCAUAAUGGGAAAAUUGUUCAAAAGGCCCCUUAUCCCCGACCACAAGGGACAACUGUCAGUGUACAGCAGUUGUUUUCUACCCUGCCUGUGAGACAUAAAGAAUUUCAACGAAAUAUUAAAAAGGAAUUCACCAAAAUGGUACAGGUAUUACAAGCAUACUGUAUCAUUUCAACAGGUAUCCGAAUAAACUGCACCAAUCAGGUCGGACAAGGAAAACGUCAAACUAUUUUAUGCACAAAUGGAAACUCCACAGUAAAGGAAAAUAUUGCAGCAGUGUUUGGACAAAAACAGUUACAAACUCUCAUUCCCUUUGUGCAACUGCCCCCUAGGGAAUCAGUUUGUGAAGAAUAUGGUAUUAACUAUAAUGAUACACUACAUGAUCUCUUUAGUAUUUCAGGUUUUAUUUCCCGUUCUGACCAUGGUGUUGGAAGAAGUACAACAGAGAGGCAGUUUUUCUUUAUUAAUCAGCGGCCUUGUGAUCUUGCAAAGAUUUCCAGACUAGUGAAUGAAGUCUACCAUUUAUAUAAUCGGCAUCAGUAUCCAUUUGUUGUUCUUAACAUUUCUGUUGAUUCUGAGUGUGUGGAUAUCAAUGUAACCCCAGACAAAAGGCAAAUUUUAUUACAGGAAGAAAAACUUUUGUUGGUAGUACUAAAGACAUCUCUGAUAGGAAUGUUUGAGAGUGAUGUUAACAAACUUAGUCCCAACCAGAAGCCAUUGUUGGAUGUUGAAGGUAAUUUAUUAAAGAUGUGUUCAACAGAGGUGGAAAAAUCCCCUCCAGAAAAGAACAAUCUCAUCUCAUUAAAUACCAAAGGAGAAGAAAAAAGAACAUUAACUAUUGCCAGACUACGAGAAGCAUUUUCCCUUCAUCAUACAACAGAACAGAGUUCUCCAAAUCUGAAAACUCAUAAACAAUCACAAGACUCUCCACGACAGAUAAAUCUUUUGUCAUUUUGCAACACUCCAAGUCCUAAAAACUCCAAACGAAUCUCUGACAAACAGUGCAAGAGUCAGGAAGAAAUUCUGGAGUCAUCCCUAGGCAGAAGUAGUAGUAUGAAUCCAAAGCCAGUGGACAGUGACAAAGAAUCAGGACAUAGUAGCACUUCCACGCAGUCGGAUGAAGGUUUCAGCACCCCAGAAAGGGGCACUCACAUUGGCAGGGAAUGUAUCAUGACUUUAGCUGAAGAUUACACAUUUUCAGAAGAAACUGUUGAACCUUUUAAGAAAUCACUAGGAAGUGACAAUCAAUUUUCAAACACAGAAUGUAGUUUGGAAGAAAAAAGUAUUGAGAAUAAUUUCAGAAAUUUGCCUCAGCCAAGUAAUGACUCACCACUAAAAAGGAAGCGAUUUAAAAAGGAAAUGGCUUCUUUAAAUUUCAGUGUUUCCCCAAAGGUGAUGAAUUCUGAGGACUGUUCAGCAUCUCAAGUAGAUGUAGCUAUUAAAGUUAUUAAAAAGGAGGUGCCUCUUAACUUCUCCAUGAGUUCUUUAACCAAACGGCUACAGCAACUGCAGCAGCAGGAACAACAAAGGACAAAAGCACAAAAUUACAGAAGAUUUAGGGCAAAGAUAAGCCCUGGAGAAAAUCAGGCUGCAGAAGAUGAACUAAGAAAAGAAAUAAGUAAAGAUAUGUUUGCAGAAAUGGAGAUCAUUGGUCAAUUUAACUUGGGGUUUAUAAUAACCAAGCUGAAUACAGAUCUUUUCAUAAUUGAUCAACAUGCCACAGAUGAGAAAUACAACUUUGAGAUGUUACAAUUGCAUACUGUUCUACAAGGUCAAAGGCUCAUAAUACCUCAGGCUCUCAAUUUAACUGCUAUCAAUGAAGCAAUACUAAUAGAAAAUCUGGAAAUAUUUAGAAAGAAUGGUUUUGAUUUUGUCAUUGAUGAACUUGCUCCAGUCACAGAAAGAGUUAAAUUGAUUUCCUUGCCAACUAGUAAAAACUGGACAUUUGGACCACAGGACAUAGAUGAGAUGAUCUUCAUGUUAAGUGAUUGCCCUGGAGUCAUGUGCAGACCCUCUAGAGUUAGGCAAAUGUUUGCUUCAAGGGCUUGUAGAAAAUCUGUCAUGAUUGGAACUGCUCUUAACAAGAAUGAAAUGAAGAAACUGAUCUCUCAUAUGGGUGAGAUUGAGCAUCCCUGGAAUUGCCCCCAUGGAAGGCCAACUAUGAGGCACAUAGCUAGUUUAAAUAUUAUUUCUCCAGACUAAUGAAUAAUUGUGCAUAAAAUUCUUAUUUUGAAGAAUUGAAGAUUUUAUCAUGGAUUUUCUUAAUUUUGAAAGCAAAAAUUUAAAUACCUCUUUUUGUUUUAAAAAUCAGUGUACUAAUAAGAUGCUGUGGAUCGAGCUAGGCCUGAAAUCAGAGAAAUCUGAGUUUGAAUUUAACCUCAGCCACAUAUUAGCUGUAUGAUCCUCGUCAAGACAUUUAACUUCUUUUUGCCUAUUGCCUCAUCUGUAAAAUAAUAUUUAAUUAUUACUUUGAAAUAAUAAUAGCACCUAUCUCCUAGGGUUGUUGUGAGGAUCAAAUGAACUAAUAUUGGGGAGUACCUAGAAUAUAGAAGGCAUUAUAUAAAUAUUAGCCAUUAUUAUUUUAUUAUGUUAAACUUGCUUCUAGCAAAUAAGUUUAAAAUCAAAGAAUAAAGUAUUAAUAUGUUUUCCUUUUAAAAAAAUCAGUGCUACAUUACUUGCCAUGUAUCUUUAAAAUUUAUAUUUAACUCUGCUUGUGAAAUAUCUGUUCUUACUGAUUUUUAAAAUAUAUAUAUAUAUGUACAGCCAAGAACAUAUUUUGAGAAAUAAAGAGCAUACUUUAGAAGUUAUAUAAGGCUUGAAUUCACACAUUCUUCACAGAAAAUAUAUUUAGUUUGUAUUUUAAACAUUACUAACUAAACUAAUGUUAAUUUCAUGUACUUUGGAAUUAUAGUUUGUUCUAAGGCUAGGUUUCCUAACUGAAUUUAAUAAAAAAUUUAGUUUCAGUUUCCCUGUUAACUCUAUUAAAUUAAUUUUAUUUCCUUGAAAUUAAAAUUCUAGAAAUUUUUAAUCAUGGGUCCACAAUGUUAGUGCAAAUACACAUCUCAUCUCAUUUGAACUUUGGCAAAAUGAAAAUAAAAGUAAAUAGACUGGUUAACUGCCAAAGUGACUAGCAAAUUAAAAAAAAAAAAAGAAAAUCCAUUGCAGGAUCUCCUCAUUCAUCUUAGAACACCACAGAAUUGCUAGCUUAUUAUGUUUUUUAAUUUUAUAAUUAUUUUCCUUUAAGGAAUUUUACAAAGCUGACAGAUCUUGUGAUCUAAAAUAUGGAUAUGUAGAAUUGUAUGUAGAAUAUAAUGCCAAUAAUAGCAAAAUUAUUUUUCCCAUUCAAGGACAUGUUUAGAACCUGUAUAAAACUUGUGGCUUUUGGAGUAUAGUAAACUAUGCAGAAUACAAUCCCAACAAAAUUGGCAAACUGGAGUUAAUAUACAAAUCACCUUUGAUCAACUAGCAGGUAAAGAUCAGUAUGCAGAUGAUUUAACACAGAUUAAUUAUCCUUUGAUAGCAUCUGAGCAAAUUGCUGCUGCUAUCAAAGCAUGGGGCUCCCUCCCAGGAAAAGAUAGAGGAGAAGUCUUCACAAAAAUAGAGCACGGUCCCAAUGACCCCUUUGCUGAUUUCCUGGGACGUCUGCAGACAACUGUCACAAGAACAAUUGGUGAAAAUUCAAUGCAACAGGAAUAAUGAUAAAGCAACUUGCUAGAGAAAAUGAAGUUUGUAAAAGAAUUAUACUAGAACUACACAAAGAUGCUUCUUUAGAGGAGAUCAUAAGACACUGUGCCACAGUGAGCACAAAUGCCUUUUAUACCCAGGCUAUGAUGUAGAACAUAGAAAGACAGGGUCCUUCUUGGCAAGAAGCUUCUGGAGAGACUUGUAACUGCUUUCAGUGUGGUAAAGUAAGGCAUUUGAAAGCUCAACACAGAAAUGAAGACACAUUCCAGAAGACCUCCAGAAAGCUAGCGGGGCCCCAGGCAAGGAAACUAGAUUGUAAAGGAGAUAAUAAAGAAUUUGGACUUUGUCUCUGGCUAUUUUUGUGGUGAUUACUCUGCUGAAAAGAAGGCUAGUCCAUAGACCUCCAGAAAACCAACCAGAACAUUACACUUCAACAACAAUACUACAUGAUGAUCAAUUCUGAUGGACAUGGCACUCUUCAACAAUGAGAGGAUCCAAAUCAGUUCCAAUUGAUCUGUAAUGAACAGAACCAGCUAUACCCAGAGAAAGAACACUGGGAAAUGAGUAUGGACCACAACAUAACAUUUCCACUCUUUCUGUUAUUGUUUGCUUGCAUUUUUGUUUUUUUCUUCUCAGGUUAUUUUUACGUUCUUUCUAAAUCAGUUCUUCCAUGUGCAACAAGAUAACUGUAUAGAUAUGUAUACAUAUAUUGUAUUUCACAUACUUUUAACAUUUUUAAUAUGUAUGGGACUACCUGCCAUGUAGGGGAGGGGGUGGAGGGAAGGAGGGAAAAAGUUGAAACAAGUUUUUGCAAGAGUCAAUAUUGAAAAAUUACCCAUGCAUAUGUGCUGUAUAUAAAAAGCUAUAAUUUUAUAAUUAUAAUUAUAAGGUGUUUUCCAUAAAUUACCUAAGUUUGAUCCUUUAAAAAGUUCAUGGUAGGUAAUGUAGAUAGUAGUAUACUCCAGUUUACAGAUUCAGAAACAAGUUCUGAGAGGUUAAUGUCUUAACUGUAGCUUCAAAAUGAGACUCUAUUGGAUAACUCAAAUGUCUUCUUAGCCUAAACCUAGUGCCUUGCUUCACAGUGGCUUAGAGCAGUACUUCUUAAACUGCUUCCAUUUGCAAAUCUUUUUUCACCUAAGAAAUUUUUACUCCAUGCCACAUAUAUAGGUAUAUAAACUAAGUAUACAAAGCAAACAUUUACUGAUAUUAAAACAAAGUUUUUACAUUGCCAAUAUAUAUGUGACCCCGUAAACAUGAACCAUAGUUUAAGAAGCUUUGGAUUAGAUAAAAGUUGCAAAUUUAGUGCUUUGUCAACUCAACAAAAACAAUCAUUUUGUCUUUUUUUCCAAGAAAAAAUUUUGCUUGGGGAUCCACACCUUUCUUCUUUCUUUACAUUUGCAUCAACAAUGGCAGAUAACAUACAGUGGCUUUGUUUAAUUAAAAAUGAGUGAAAUCUUUAAGCCUUUUCAAAAAGGCAGUCCAUGAAUUUCUUUUUUCAGCUGAAAUAUUGGAAAUCAAAAGGGUAAAAAAGUUUUUUAGAAAUGAGCAAAUUUUGGCAUAAUUUAAUUAUUGAGCAGCAGACUGGUGUAACAUCAAGCUCUCCUUGAAAUAAGAAAAAAACAGUUCUAAUUUUAUUUUUAUUAUUUUCAUUACAAAAUAAUAAUCUUAAUUUCUCCUCUCCACACGCUCAAAUAUCUCUCAAGACUAAAUUUCAGGGCCGGGGCUGAUCUAUAUUGUUUAAAGGGAGCUCCAGGUACUGAUAAAAUUCCAGGUUCUGUC